AUGGAUUCCAUCAAAAAGAAGAUGAUGGCAAUGAAAUUGGAGAAAGAAAAUGCAUUGGAAAAGGCCAUAAAUCUCGAAAAUCAACUCAAGGAGAAGGCCAAAGAUUUUGAGAAGAAAGAAGAAGAGAUGAAUGACUGGCUCUCUAAAGUGAAGAACAUUCAGACUGAAGUAGACACCGUACAAGAGUCUCUCCAGGAAGCGAUUAGCAAACUCGAAGAAACCGAGAAGCGUGCGACAAACGCCGAAGCCGAAGUUGCUGCUAUGACCCGUCGCAUUCGGCUUUUGGAGGAAGAUUUUGAACAGUCUAGUGGCCGUCUUACUGAAACAUCUACUAAGCUUGACGAUGCUAGCAAAGCUGCUGAGGAGAGCGAAAGGAAUCGAAAAACCCUUGAGACCAGGUCUAUUUCUGACGAUGAACGAAUGGCCCAACUAGAAGAACAGGUAAAGGAGGCGAAGUACAUCGCUGAAGAUGCCGAACGGAAAUACGAUGAAGCAAGCUGCUCGCCGCUUGGCAGUGACCGAGGUCGACUUGGAGCGAGCGGAGUCUCGUUUGGAAACCUCGGAGAGACAAUGAAGAGGAUUAUUGCUGCUCAGCAAACUUUAGCUACCGCAGAGGAGAAGGCACAAACAAUUGAGGUCUGCGCCAAAAACUUGGAGGAUCGGUUGGCUGCUGUCGCUGCAAAAUUGAAAGCCAAAGAAAUUGCACACGAUAAGGUGAUGCGUGCUUGUUCUUUUUUGCUUUAUGUCUGCCUUGAAAUGCAUGGAUACCAAAUCGUCCCCGACCUUAGUUUACACAAAACUCAAGCAGCAGUAAUGACUUUUAGCAAAAUCGUUGAACUUGAGGAAGAACUGCGCAUUGUUGGUAACAACAUGAAAUCUCUCGAAGUCUCCGAGCAAGAGUCUCUUCAGCGCGAAGAAAGUUACGAAGAAACCAUUCGAGAUUUGACAGAGCGCUUGAAGACGGCAGAGCAGCGUGCUGCCGAAGCUGAACGCCAAGUGUCCAAGCUCCAAAAUGAAGUUGACCGCCUUGAAGAUGAGCUACUAUCCGAGAAGGAACGUUACCGAGCCAUCAGCGGAGAACUGGAUACUACCUUCGCGGAGCUCACUUCCUUCUGA